GUCCAUAUAUAUCGCACAAGAACCAGAAACCUCCGAUUCUCCCAAGUUCCACAGUACAAGUCAUCUGCAGUCGCCAAAGAAACCAUUCUCGAAAUCGAAUUAAUCCCAAUUGGAUGCAAGAAUCUUGGCACAGUUCGUGACUGGAAUAUUUUUCUCUGCUGUUUACCAGUAUUUUUAUGUAAUCGUGGGAUUUUCCCCUCUUUUCCCCUUCAAUUUUCCAGCUUUUCGACUGGAAAAUUCAUACCGGGUCAAUAUAUCGCAAAAAGUCAAUAUAUCGCA